AUGCCUCUAAGGCUGAGGCCCGGCUAUCCUCACUCGUCGUCGUCGCAUCACUUGUUUGCAUCGUCUUCAUCCUCGUCUUCGUCUGCUCACCGCCUAUAUACAGAUGGCCGCGACCAGUCGGCCGGCUACCAGCCCAAGGCGCGUGUAACCGAGCGAUACCGCAUUAUCGGUUUUAUCAGCAGCGGCACCUAUGGACGUGUCUACAAAGCCGUGAGCAGGGCCAGCGGUGGCGAAGGCAUUGCCGUCGUCCGGACGUCCAGCGGCCUCACGCCCACCUCGGGCUCUGGCCAGGCCCCGAUCGAAGUAGCCAUCAAAAAGUUCAAGCCGGAUAAGGAGGGCGAGCAGGUCAGCUACACGGGCAUCUCGCAGAGCGCCAUCCGCGAGAUGAGCCUCUGCAGCGAGCUUCGCCACUCCAACGUCAUCCGGCUCGUCGAGAUUAUCCUCGAGGACAAGUGCAUCUUCAUGGUGUUUGAAUACGCCGAGCACGACCUGCUGCAGAUUAUCCACCACCACACCCAGCAGCCACGUCACCCGAUCCCCCCGGCCACGGUCAAGAGCAUCAUGUUUCAGCUCCUCAACGGCUGCCAGUAUCUCCACACCAACUGGGUCCUGCACCGCGAUCUCAAGCCCGCCAACAUCAUGGUUACGUCUGGUGGAGAGGUCAAGAUUGGAGACUUGGGUCUGGCCCGCCGCUUCGACAAGCCUUUGCAUUCCCUAUUUAGUGGCGAUAAAGUUGUCGUGACGAUAUGGUAUCGCGCGCCGGAACUCAUCCUCGGCUCGUACCACUACACUCCCGCCAUCGACAUGUGGGCCGUGGGCUGCAUCUUCGCCGAACUAUUAUCUCUGCGGCCGAUUUUCAAGGGGGAGGAAGCCAAGAUGGACAGCAAGAAGACUGUCCCCUUCCAGAGAAACCAGAUGCACAAGAUUGCCGAGAUCAUGGGCAUGCCGACCAAGGAGCGAUGGCCGCUGCUCCCCGCCAUGCCCGAGUACAUUCAGCUCAACACGCUGUCGGCGAUGCAGCACAGCACGCAUGGCCACCACCACCACAGCCACCACCAGAACCCCCCCAGCCGCGGCUACGCGACCACGUCGAGCCUCGAGAAGUGGUACUACAGCACCAUCAAUAACAACUCGGGUGCCGGAUCUGCCGCCUCGGGCCCCAACGGCCAGCCCGCGCUCCAGUCCCUCGGCGCCGAAGGCUACAAGCUCCUCGCGGGCCUCCUCGAGUACGACCCGGAGAAGCGCCUCACCGCCGCGCAGGCCCUGCAGUCGGUCUUCUUCAGCUCGGGCGACCGCGUCAGCGCAAACUGCUUCGAGGGCGUCAAGGUCGAGUACCCGCACCGUCGCGUCAGCCAAGACGACAACGACAUUCGCACCAGCAGUCUGCCGGGCACCAAGCGCAGCGGCCUUCCAGACGAUACCUUGUUGCGGCCGGCUAAACGCAUGAAGGAAUAG